CACUUCCGACGGGGUGGAGGAGGCGGGAGAGUGAGGGAAAGGCUGGAAGACGAGGAUGCUUCCUCAGUGAGACUACUGCACAAUGGCAGUGUUCGAUACUCCUGAGGAGGCCUUCGGUGCCUUACGCCCAGUCUGUGUUCAGCUCACAAAGACCCAGACGGUGGAGACCGUGGAGCACCUGCAGGCGAGGUUACAAGCUGUGAGUGACUCCGCCCUUCAGGAGCUUCAGCAGUACAUCCUCUUCCCUUUGCGAUUUACGCUGAAGACUCCGGGUCCCAAGAGAGAGCGUUUGAUCCAGAGCGUGGUGGAAUGCCUCACGUUUGUCCUCUCUUCAACAUGUGUGAAGGAACAAGAACUUCUCCAGGAGCUCUUUUCGGAACUCUCUGCCUGUCUGUAUUCGCCCAACUCCCAAAAACCCGCAGCUGUGUCCGAGGAGUUGAAAUUGGCUGUGAUCCGUGGCCUCAGCACGUUAAUGCACUCGGCUUAUGGGGACAUCAUCCUGGCUUUUUAUGAGCCCUCCAUCCUGCCUCGUUUAGGAUUUGCUGUAUCUUUACUGUUGAACCUAGCAGAACAGGAGAAAUCAAAGCAAAUUAAAAUUGCUGCCUUAAAAUGUUUACAGGUUCUACUCUUACAGUGUGACUGUCAGGACCAUCCGAGGUCCUUGGGUGAGCUUGAGCAGAAGCAGCUGGGGGAUUUGUUUGCUUCUUUUUUACCUGGAAUCUCAAUGGCACUGACCAGGGUGAUCACAGGAGACUUUAAACAAGGGCACAGCAUUGUCGUGUCUUCCCUAAAAAUCUUUUACGAGACAGUGAGUUUCAUUAUGGCUGAUGAGCAGCUCGAAAGGAUCUCAGAGGUCCAACCAAAGCCUGCAGUGGAGCAUAGAGUCGCAGAGCUGAUGGUUCACAGGGAAGCCAAGUGGGUAAAAAACACCAGUGACAAACUGACUCUCCUUCUUAAAAAGAUCAUUGAGUGUGUUUCAGUCCACCCACACUGGAAGGUCAGGCUGGCACUGAUAGAACUCAUCGAGGCCCUUCUUUUGAAGUGCGGUCAGUCCCUGGUUGGUUCGGCUGGACCCCUUCUGAAGGCUUUGGUGGGUCUAGUAAAUGAUGAGAGUCCUGAAGUCCAAGCCCAGUGCAAUAAAGUUCUGAGACAUUUUGCAGAUCAGAAAGUAGUGGUUGGCAACAGAGCCUUUGCUGACAUCUUGUCAGAAAACCUGCAUUCCCUCGCCACGUCUCUUCCCCGCUUCAUGAACUCCCAGGACGAUCAGGGCAAAUUCUCUACUCUCUCCCUGUUACUCGGUUAUCUGAAACUCUUGGGCCCCAAAGUGAACUUUGUCCUCCACUCUGUGGCCCAUCUUCAGCGCCUUUCCAAAGCGCUCAUCCAAGUGCUAGAAUUGGAUGUGACUGACAUCAAAGUCGUCGAAGAGCGGUGCUGGAAUUCUGGUCACCUGAGCGCUUCUCCGGAGACUGCGGCUCCGCAGCCGUGGAGCCCAAUGCAGAGGAGAUAUUUCCGCUUCUUCGCCGAUGAGAGGCUUUUCCUGCUCUUGCAGCAGGUGUGUCAGCUUCUUGGUUUUUAUGGGGACCUCUAUUUGCUCGUAGAUCACUUUAUGGAGCUGUACCACGAAUCUGUGGUUUACCGGAAGCAAGCUGCCAUGAUCCUGAAUGAGCUGGUUGUGGGGGCUGCUGGGCUGGAGGUGGAGAAUCUUCAUGAAAACCAUAUUAAGACAAGCCCCGAGGACCUGAGGGAGAUUGUGACAUCUAUACUGGAAGAAUACACAAGCCAAGAAAACUGGUAUUUGAUCACUUGUAUCGAAUCUGAAGAAGUGGAAGAGGAGCUAACAAUGAAGCGGUCAGGCCUCCAGGCCAUUACAUGUGGUGCACACACCUGCCAAGUUACAUCUUUUUCAGCCUUCUCAAAGCCGAGUCCCACUAUCUGCUCCAUGAACAGCAACAUCUGGCAAAUAUGCAUCCAGUUGGAAGGGAUUGGCCGCUUUGCGUACGCACUAGGAAAAGACUUUCGUUUGCUUUUGAUGUCAGCCCUCUAUCCAGUACUGGAGAAGGCUGGGGACCAAACCCUGCUCAUUAGUCAGGCAGCUACCAGCGCCAUGAUGGACAUUUGCCAUGCUUGUGGCUACGACUCUGUGCAGCACCUGAUCAAUCAAAAUUCGGACUAUUUGGUGAAUGGGAUCUCUUUAAAUCUGCGUCAUCUGUCUCUGCACCCCCAUACCCCAAAGGUCUUGGAAGUCAUGCUGUGGAACUCAGACGCUAGCCUGCUUCCUUUGGUGGCAGAUGUGGUUCAGGAUGUCUUGGCCACUCUGGAUCAAUUUUAUGAUAAGAGAGCGACUUCCUUUGUCGGUGUCCUGCAUGCCCUGCUGGCAGCAUUAGCCCAGUGGUUCCCAGACGCAGGUGAUCUCGGGCAACCCCAAGAGCAGAGUGCAGGGGAGGAGGGAAGUCAUUUGAGCCAAGGACCAGCAGCUCCUGAGAAAGGACUUGAGAAUACCACCACAGCAGAAGACAUUGAACAAUUUUUGCUGAACUACCUCAAAGAAAAGGAUGUGGCAGAUGGAAAUGUCUCAGAUUUUGAUAAUGAAGAAGAGGAGCAGUCAGACCCUCCGAAGGUAGACGACAGUGACACCGGUCCCGAUGUGGAGCCGCCGCUGCCAGUGCAGAUCCAGAUAGCCACAGAUGUGAUGGAACGCUGCAUCCACCUGUCGUCAGAUAAAGAUCUGAAAAUCCGCUUGAAGGUCUUGGAUGUGCUGGAUUUGUGUGUGGUUGUUCUGCAGUCCCACAAGAACCAGCUCCUUCCCUUGGCUCAUCGGGCCUGGCCCUCACUCGUGCACCGACUCAUCAACGACGACCCCCUGGUGGUGCUCAGAGCUUUCAAGGUCUUGCGUACCCUGGCAGGCAAGUGUGGCGACUUUCUGAGGAGCCGCUUCUGCAAAGACAUCCUGCCCAAGCUGGCUGGCUCCUUAGUCACCCAGGCUCCCGUCAGCGCCCGGGCUGGACCAGUGUACUCGCACACGCUGGCCUGCAAGCUGCAGCUGGCUGUUCUGCAGGGCCUGGGCCCCCUCUGCGAGAGACUGGACCUCGGUGAGGGUGACCUGAAUAAAGUGGCUGAUGCCUGCUUGAUUUACCUCAGCACCAAACAGCCCGUGAAAUUACAAGAGGCUGCCAGGAGGUGCACCUCGAGAAGGUAAUGAAUUCAUCUUGGAGUAAAUUCUCUGUGUGCCUGCUACAGCCAAGAGUCACAGAGAUCUGACUCUCCCACUCUCUGUCCCAUUCUCCUUUUCCUACAGCCACCACAUACCCGUCCUUCAAGUUUAGACCCAUCAAACAAGCUAAUAUUCGCCAUUCAUUAUCUCUUCAUUUCUAAUUUUCUUUUGUGCCGCUAAAAGCAAUUAAACCUGGAAUUGGACCUUGCUGAGUCUUGAGUUGGUAUUCAGGGUGCCUCUGGAGGAGGAAAAUGCAGCCAGACCACUUGACUGCAGCGCCUUUGUUUGCUCUAGCGCAUUCCAUUUGGGGUUGAGUCAGAUGACCUCCCUCUUGCCGGGCUGGGAGGGGAGGAAGUGCAAGGUUGAUUGGUUCACAAGCACAUCAUCUGCAAACUUAUUUUGAAGUCAAGGAAAAAAACCAGUGUUGUCCUUGAUCAGGAGCUGAUUUGACAUCUUGAUUCAGAAAUUAAUAAGCUCCAUAAAUGGGAAAAGAAGCCUGAGACAAUAGGAAACCUGGUCUCUUUGUGAGCCUCGUUACUGAAGGAAGAGAGGGAGGGGGGUGCGUACUGAAACCCUCCGUGCCUAUGGGCAAUGUCGCCUUCUGCUCCCUCAUCACCAGGUCCCCUGGCUCAGGGAGUGGCUGCACCUUCCAGCGCUUGUUUGUCCUUCACUUUCAUCUUUCCCUCACGCCCCACUUCCAUUCCGGAAGGGAAGCCGGUCUACCUGACUUACAGAAUCUCUCUUCAGACUAUCCGCAUCUCAUCACCGGCCCCCUUCCCCCACUCCUGCCCCUGUGUAUUCCCCACUCAGCAGGCACUGACACCCGCCACGCACACCUGGGAGAAGGGAAGCCUGUUGUGUUUGUUGCCAGGGCCCAAGAGGGAGCCCUGUAGCUGAGUGUUCAGAAGAACCAGUGAGAGCCGGAGCUGUCCACAGAUGCCCCGGCUUCCUCAGAGCUCGUGAGUUGCCGAUGCGAGGUGGACGCCCCCUCCGUCUGACAGGGGUGAUGAGGGAGCCGUGAGGGCCAGUAUCUGCUCUGAAGGGAGAUGGGUGAGCAGCCGUGUGAGGGGUACCCCGGACGAAGUUUCCUUCUACUGUACCCUUCUUGGUUCUUUGGCUGGUCUAAUAAUUGACGUAAGAUAGAUUAGCGGGAGAAAACCACAUUUUUUUUUAUUUCAUACCUAAGGGCACCUUAUAAAAACAUGAGACCCAAGGUCAAGUGGGGCAGUUGAGGCUUCUUUGCCAUCCUGAGCUAA